AUGGCGCCAACAACUCGUACGCCUGGGAAUGAAGAUGAUACAACCCCCCAUCAGAUUCCCUUGCAGGAUCUCUCGGGAUAUGAGAGUCUCCCGACAGAUCGCGGGAGAGCCCAUGCUGACAACGCGGGGGGUGGUAUAUUUUCACGCGGGUCAUUGCUGAGAGGCGGCCCGCGAAGGCAAUAUGAAAGUGUCGCGGAAGAUUCGCCUGUCGAAGCGCCAGGCGCGAUCAGACGGGGACCCCAGCCAAAAAGUGACCGGUAUGACACCCUACGACAAUCUGACGAAGUUGCUCCCGCGGCGCUGGCCCAAGCCAUGUCCUUCGGUGCCACUUUCGACAGUUCGCAUCCGUCGAUAAGCUUGGUCGGACCUUCCUCGACACAUCACUUCGACGACGCUGCUUCGGACCUCGAUAACGUACCGCUCGAUCCAUGGCCGAGCCACGAUCAAAAUGCCGGCUACGCACCACCUCACGUGGAGGACGAGGACGAUACAGCAAGGUUGACAGACCCUCGUUACCUGCAGCCCAUCAGCGGCGCUCGUGGGGAAGACAGCCGGCGGAGUAGCGACACUGGCAUACAUUCGAUCUCCUCAGGGCCUGGUGCGCGAUUAGGAGACGACCUGCCCCAUCUGGAGGAGGGUCUGUCGCGAAGCCGGGGAAGCAGCGCUCGCUCUCGUUCGCGAUCGCGAUCGCCGUCGGCAUCUGGCGGUGCCCUUCAGCGAGCGAGCUCCAUGGUGAAGUCCAUGUCUCAACGAGUGGUCAAUUUGAGUAAUGAACCCGAGGUGAUCGGGCAGACGCUCGAGAGAGAGGAGUCUCAUCGAGAUGCUCGAAUGGAAGCGCCCCCUAUGCUUCCGGCAAUGUCAGAAUAUGCCCAUGACUCGUCUCCGGGUACUGAAGAGGAAAAGCGUGUCUUGCGCAAGGCAUGGCGGCAACAUAACAACCCUUUCCGUGGCAGGUCACUUGGUAUACUAGGCCCAGAUCAUCCGCUGCGACUAUGGCUUUGUGAUUUGCUUGUGCAUCCAAUUAUGGAGCCCCUUAUCUUAGUCAUUAUCAUCGUUCAAGCCGUCCUUCUCAUCGUUGAAUCAUCGAAAUCCGUCUUCGAUGAUCCUCGGGGAGUCCGCUGGGGCAGAAGCUCGUUCGAUUAUGUGUUCUUCGUCAUCUUUGCUAUUUACACCUUGGAGCUUGCCGCUAAGAUCCUGGUGUCAGGCUUCAUUUUCAACCCCACUGAAUACAGUACUCUGGACCGGUCUUUGGGUAUCCGAAAAGCCAUUGCGGAAAAGGGCAAGAACCUCAUCACGCCUCAUCGGCAAGGAACAGUAAGAAAAGUAUCAUUCGCGCAGCCAGAGCCGCAACAUUCCAUUCUUCGCUCAUUUACUGGAAUGAAUGGGUUGGACUCAAAUCCCGGUGCCUACAAAGACCCUCUUCACAAGAACCGUGAGAGACUUGCCCAUCGAGCCUUCCUUCGUCAUUCUUUCAAUCGAUUGGACUUCGUCGCAGUCGUGGCGUUCUGGGUGUCUUUCUUUCUCUCCGUAAUUGGAAUGGAAUCAGCUCAUCAUCUGUACAUUUUUCGGAUGCUCAGUUGCCUCCGGAUUCUGCGUCUACUCGCUCUGACAAACGGCACCUCAGUGAUCCUGAGAAGUCUCAAGCGUGCGGCGCCUUUGCUCGUCCAUGUUGCAUUUCUCAUCGGAUUCUUUUGGCUCCUUUUUGCCAUUAUCGGCAUCCAGAGCUUCAAGUCAAGUUUUCGACGAACUUGUGUGUGGGUAGACCCCAAUGGUCAGAACAAUUACACCUCCGACUCUCAAUUCUGUGGUGGUUAUAUGGAGAAUGGCAUCGCGAGAUCAUGGGUGGACUCUGCCGGCAAUCACUCCCCGGCUCUACCGAAAGGAUACCUUUGUCCGCAAGGCUCUCUCUGCGUCGAGGGACAGAACCCCCAUAACAACACUCAGAGCUUCGACAAUAUCCUACAGUCCUUGGAGCUGGUGUUUGUUAUAAUGAGUUCGAACACCUUCACCGACCUGAUGUAUUACACAACCGAUAGUGACUAUCUUGCUGGGUCCUUGUACUUCGUGGCAGCCUUGGUCAUUCUCAGCUUGUGGUUGGUCAACCUCCUUGUCGCGGUCAUCACCCAUUCUUUCCAGGUGAUUCGCGAGGAAAGCAAACGUAGUGCGUUUGCGAUUCAAGACAUCGACGGGAUAGAUUUCAAUGAAACCCAGUCGAAAAAGGUGAAUCCUGUCAAGCGGAUAUAUGACAAAACGAGAUGGUUUUGGGUGGGCCUCAUCUUCUUCGACCUCGUUGUCCAAGCCCUAAGGAGUGCGUCCAUGUCAGAUGACCGUGCCUAUUUUAUUGAUACUACAGAAACGGUGGUGACUCUCAUGCUGUUGGUCGAGAUCAUUGUGCGUUUUGCCGCGGAAUGGCGCACUUUCUUCCACAGACGUCGCAAUUGGUUUGAUCUAUUUCUGGUCAUUGUGACCUGCAUUAUCCAGAUCCCGCCGAUACGUAUGUCAGGUCGCGCCUAUGCCAUUCUCAGCGUGUUCCAAAUUCUCCGAGUUUAUCGAUUUGUGCUGGCAUUCUCCGUGACCAGAAAGUUGAUCAUGGUCGUUUUCAGCAACGCCUCCGGUCUGCUCAACCUGAUAUUCUUUCUUUUCCUGAUGACCUUUCUCGCUUCCAUAUUCGCAACCCAGCUCUUCCGGGGUCAGAUUGCGGCCGGUGAAGCUAUCACUUUUUCUGAUAUCUACAAUUCUUUUCUGGGAAUGUAUCAGAUUUUGUCCAGCGAGAACUGGACUGAUAUCUUGUACAGCGUCACCGGCGAAACUGUGGAGUUCAGAACCGCUUGGAUCUCGGCCGCAUUCUUGAUCAUGUGGUUUAUUGUUGGCAAUUUCAUCAUCUUGAACAUGUUCAUUGCUGUAAUUCAAGAGAGUUUCGAUGUUACCGAAGAUGAAAAGCGAAUGCAACAGGUUCGCGCAUUCCUUGAACAAAAGCAUGUCGGUGGCAGUACGAAGGGCAACCCUGCUCUGUCGAAAAUCCUUCGUCUCGGAAGAGGUUCGGACCGCUAUAAAGAUCCGCUGGACCAUGGUCCUGCGGCAAUGGAGAUGCUAUUGAAAGAUGCAGUGGUGCGCGACUUUCUUGAUGAGGAGCAGACUAAAACGGCUCAAAGCCACCACCGACGAGAGAACACCAUGUUCGCUGGAACUGCAAACCAGGAAGCUGUCGAGCCGGGCAUGCUGUCCCGAUUGUGGACCAAGACGACAUCUUUCGUCCUCGGGCGGGAACCUAAUCCCUUCUAUUCGCGGCUGCAGUUCUCUCGCGCUUAUGAAGAACUAGACCCCCGCACGAUGGCAAAGGAGGUCGCAUCUGCAGCCGAAGCUAGGAAGCGUGCACAGCGAGAGUAUCUCAUCAGACAUCCCAACUACAACAAGUCGCUGUUCAUUUUUUCACCCCAGAAUCCAGUACGCAGGAUUUGCCAGCGAGUCGUCGGUCCUGGACGGGGCCAUCAGAGGGUUGAAGGCGUCGAUCCAUACAAGCCUGCAUGGUAUGCGUUCUCGGCAUUCAUUUACGCUGCAAUUGUGGCAAUGGUUGUGCUUGCCUGUAUCACAACACCUCUUUAUCAACGGCAGUACUUCCGUACCAACCGCAAUUGGUUCGUGUACACCGACCUUAGCUUUGCUAUGGUCUUUACGGUGGAGGCCCUGAUCAAGAUUAUCGCAGACGGUUGCUUCUGGACUCCCAAUGCGUUUCUCCGCAGCUCGUGGGGCUUCAUCGACGGUGUUGUCUUGUUGACCCUUUGGAUCAACGUUGGCAGCUCUCUCAAAAAGGACUGGAAUGUCUCCCGCGCGAUUGGAGCCUUCAAAGCGCUAAGGGCGCUCCGGCUGUUGAACGUCUCUGACAGUGCUAAGGAUACUUUCCACUCGGUUAUUAUUGUCGGUGGAUGGAAGGUCAUUGCCGCGGCAGCCGUUUCGAUGAGCUUUUUGAUUCCGUUUGCCAUCUACACUGUGAAUCUGUUCAACGGGCAGAUGGUCUCAUGCAACGACGGUGACUUUGUGGGUAACUUGACGGCUUGUGUAGACGAGUAUGCAAGCCAGCCCUACAAUUGGGAAAUUUUGGCGCCGCGAGUAGCCGAGAACACUUUCUACGACUUUGACAACUUUGGCGAUGCUUUGUUUAUCCUGUUCCAAAUCGUUUCUCAAGAAGGCUGGAUCAAUGUGCAGGAUCUAGCAAUGAAGAUCACUGGUAAAGGGCUUCAACCCCAGGAUGGGAGCGCACCAGGGAACGGUCUUUUCCUCGUCAUAUUCAAUUUGCUCGGUGCUGUGUUCGUGCUGACGUUGUUUGUGUCUGUGUUCAUGCGCAACUACACGGAACAAACUGGAGUUGCAUUUCUCACUGCCGAACAGCGAUCGUGGCUGGAAUUACGGAAGCUGUUGCGACAGAUUUCACCGUCAAAAAGAUCUUUCCACGACAAAAGUCACAAAUGGCGCUUAUGGUGCUAUCGAAUCGCUGUGAAAAAACACGGACGAUGGGCACGUCUUGUGACAUGCACGCUUCUUGUGCACCUUGCGCUUCUGAUCCUCGAAUAUUAUCCUGAACCAGACUGGUGGGUCACCACUCGAAGCGGCUUAUUCUUCAUCUUUGUCCUAGUCUAUAUAAGCAACACACUCAUCCGUUUGAUCGGCCUUGGAUGGCAUCGAUUCAGUCGGAGCUCAUGGGACCUGUAUUCGCUACUUGCAGUCCCAGGGGCAUUCAUUACAAUCGUCCUCAACUUUGCGAUACGAAGUCAGGCUGUCCUCGAACUGAACAAAUUGUUCCUUGUUUCAAUCACGCUAUUGCUGAUCCCGCGAAACAAUCAGCUUGAUCAACUUUUCAAGACUGCCGCAGCUAGUCUUCCCGUGAUUGGUAACCUCUUGGCUACCUGGUUCGUCCUCUUUUUGGUAUUCGGAAUAGCCUUGAACCAAGCGUUCGGCCUUACCAAGUUUGGUCAAAAAGAAAAUCACAACAUCAAUUUCCGCGAUGUACCGAAAGCGCUGGUCUUGCUGUUUCGUGCGAGCUGCGGUGAAGGGUGGAAUGAAAUCAUGGAAGACUAUGCCACCAUGGUACCGCCGUUUUGUACUUUCGAUGCCAAUUUCCUCGACGAUGAUUGCGGCAGUGCCGCCUGGGCUCGGACUCUGUUUAUCAUGUGGAACAUCAUCAGCAUGUACAUUUUCGUUUCGCUUUUUGUCUCACUCAUUUUCGAGAGCUUCUCAUACGUCUACCAACGCAGCAGUGGCUUGUAUGUGGUCAACCGCGAAGAGAUUCGCCGUUUCAAACAGGCGUGGGCGACAUUUGAUCCGAACGGAACCGGCUAUAUCUCCAAGGAGCAAUUCCCGCGCUUACUCGGGGAACUGUCCGGUGUCUUUGCCAUGCGAAUCUACGACGAAGAAUUUACUGUCUCAAGGAUUCUGGAACAGUGUCGGCAAUCGCCUCGCGACUCAGUGCAUUCGCUUCCGUCAACGCAUGAUGCCAUGCCGCUGCGAUCACGAGAUUCUCUUCAGUCUCUGCGCCUGAAAGGUGAAAACACUUUUCCGACUGGCGUCGAUCUGAGAAAGUUAUCUCAAGUUAUUGCUCGCAUUCCCGUGCAAACCAUUCGAGAACGCCGUCAACGUCUGAACAGUUUUUACGAAGAGGUUCUUGUCUCGGCAGACCUUGAACGUGGAAUAUCCUUCCAUCAAUGUCUCAUGAUUCUGGCCCAUUACAAUAUCAUCAGCGAUAGUAAGAGUUUGCGUCUUGAGGAAUUCCUGCGCCGUCGGGCACGUCUGCAGCGAGUCGAGGAAGCUGUUCGCCGCAAUACAGUGAUCGGGUUCUUCGACACCCUCUAUUGGUCUCGUCAAUUCCGUCGUGCUGUUGAGCGCAAGAAGUCCAGUCGUAUGACGGCCGUCCCGCAGUUCACAGUUCCCGAGAUUUAUGUCGAGGACCCAAUGGAGGAAGACCGCGACGAGCACGCUCCAGGCGCAAUGACCCCUCAGAACCCAGUCGAUGCUGACUCGUCGUUCUCACCCAUGCUGUCGCCGACCUCCACGUCGCGUGGACGUGCCGAGUCGAGUCCCACUGGACGCGGUGUGAAUCUUCCACGAUUGGACACCAGCUUUGGAGGGCGCAGCUCAGGGGGAAAUACUCCGACGGAAUGGUCCAGUAUCAGUCCGUCGCGCACCCCUCGUCGGUUGUAUGACGAGCGGGAUUCGUUUGAUACGAGCCAACGGGAUGAAUCCGUGCCCGGGACUGACCACUCACGUCAAAACAGUGGCAUCAGCGUCAAUGAUGUGAUGCAAUCGCUCGACAACUCGGCGUGGGGCGAAAGUAUUCGGCGCAGCUUUACACAACGACGAUCGGGUGAUCGAUCGGGCGAACAAUAG